UUGCGAGUGUUUCUUCAUAAGGAGCUGUGUGCGACCAUAAGUCUGUGUCUUGCCCUGAAAAUUAAUCUUUGGUCCUUUCUGCCCGUCUCUGGAAGAACAUCAUGAUCCUCAGCACUCUGAUUCUCCUCGUCGCUUUUCCUGCAGGUUUGGAGACUCUUGUGAUUACACAGGAGAAAGCGAUGUCUGUAAAACCAGGAGAUAAUGUUAAGAUUUCCUGCAAAUCAGAUGCUUCUAGAGAUUGGAUUUUAACAUGGUACCAACAAAAACCAGGACAAACUCCAAAGUUCUUGCUUGCUGAUAGUAACAGAGCGAGUGGACUGCCAAGUCGAUUCACUUACAGUGGAUCUGGAUCCCAAGAAUAUCUGCAUAUUAACGGUGUUCAGGCUGAAGAUGAAGCCGUCUAUUACUGUGCUUGUCAUGGCUGUGGGGAUGGCAACACAUUUUCGGGUGGAGGCACUGAAGUAACAUUUGAUACUAAAUCUCCUCCAUCCCUCGUUCUGCUGGCUCCCCCCGAGUCUCCCUCGUCAGGUGAUGAAUUCAGGCUGGUGUGUCUGGUGCAGGGUUUCCGUCCUGACAGUGCCACUCUGUCCUGGUCUGAUAACGGCAACGCCGUAACUGGUGCCGAGGUACAGACGAGUUCAUCUCAGCGUCAAUCUGAUGGCACCUUCAUCCAAAGCAGCACGCUGAAACUCAGCCCAGAGCUCUGGACCUCUGGACGAACCUACACGUGCCGCGUGAACCACCCGGCUCUGUCAGCACCACUGAGUCAGAGCGCCAGUGCUGAAAAGUGCAGCUAGACAGCAGGAGAAACAGAAGUGCUGCAUGUAGUAAUGCGAUCAUCAGCACACAGAGAGGACAGCUAGAAUAUUAUAACCAAAAAAAAAAAAAGCUUUAGUUCAUGUCUUUGUGUGCUUUUCUGCUGCUCCUUUAAAUGACGUCAUGGAGCAUUUGUCCGUAGUGUAUUGUAUUCCGUAGUCUUUAUAA